AUGGCUAUCUACAACUCGGUUCCGCCACCCGAGCAGCAGCCGACCACAACCACUCCUCCUCCUACCGCCACAAAUCUCCCAUUGGCGGCUGUUCAGGUUCAGUCGCCUCCGACGCCAGUCAAGAACUCGGUCAUUGAUAUUGAUGCUUGGACUAUCUCGGCUCUUCAAUCUCUCAGUGUUUCCCCCGUUGCUCGUGGAAUUGGUGCCCCGCUGGCUAUUCCUAUUGAUGAAGUCGUCAAGGCCCAACCCAAGCCUUCAGAGCGCAAUGUCAACUUUGACGGUCAUGAGGAACAAGCAUCAACCCUGAGACGUCCACCUUCUAGAAGGGACAGUCAGCGAAGGCGCGAACUGGUUCUGAAGGGCAAAGAGGGGAGUCGCCAGCGACGUCGCUGGGAGAAUGACCGCUUGAUGCACGUACCAAACGUUCAACCUCCUCUGCCUUCCGAUUACGAAGUUCAUCCUACGCACCCCAUCCACCGAGUCCCCUACCAGCUCGCUCAGUUCUGGGAACAUGGAGUGCGCCAGCGCGCCGAGGACAAGACCGCUCGUCUCCAGGCUGAGCGCAAGAAGCAACAACUUAAGACAGGCAGCGCCACUGGCCUUGGCGCUGGUGAAGUUCCUCGCGACCUGCGCGAGGCAACAAAGCGCAGCCCCGUUGUACGCACAUGGGUGCGAUCUCUGGAAGAACCCGUGCGACAAUUUCUGGCUAGCCAGCAGGCUAUUGCCGAAACACAAGCUGUUGCUGCUGAUGAGGAUGCGGAUAGCGCAGCUGAGCAGAUGGACUCCGAUGAUGAGGAGAUCGUUUUCGUUGGUAGGAACGGCGCCAUGAGGGAGCUGAAGGAGAAGAAGGCAACAUGGAAACAUGCGCACCGCGAGGUUUCGCAGGAGACGGUAGAUUCAGGCAUGGUGUUUGACUCGUUCGGCACUGAUGAGAGCGCCGCCUUCAAGCGUUGGCUUACACACGCCAUUUCCGAUUACUACGGCAUUCAAUCCCGCUCCGUCAACCUAUCCAACCCAACACGCCGAGUCGUCUACGUUGGGUUAAAGACGUCGCAGGGUAUCUUGCCCUCGCGAAACCUACCGCGCCCCAUGUGGGAAGUUUGUUAA